GAGGCAGCCAGUAUUUUUAGGGGACAGCAGCAGCUGCAAAAGCAUUUAACGGUAUUCCACGAACAAUGACACUUGGGGUGUCUAAGGCCUGAACGACACAGAGAUUGGGGGACCACUCUGCAGUUGUUCAACGGAAAGCUGGUGUUGAUACUGAAGUUCUGUUUUCUAUCCCUUCUAUUGGACAAACAUCUAAAAACAUGUACUGGAGUAGAACUUGGGACCUUUGAGGAGAGUAUGUGUCUGAAUCUGAAGUCAACUUGGGACAUUACUCAGCCUUCUGGAGACGGGUGGCAUUGCUUCUUACCUCGAAGAGAGACUGCAAGUGCGGAAUGUAUGUUGACGGUCGUUCCUCGCGACUGAAGCGAGAAAUUUGCAGUGCAGAAGUUGGACUGUCUUUCCCCAGUGAAUAACUGCCACGUAUUACUCUCCUGGACUACAUAAGGUGAAGUGAGGCUGACAAAGGAGCAGAAAUGGAUGUGUUCGGUGGUGCGCCACGUUUCUUGGCCUAUCCAAGACCUGUGGUGGUACAAAGUGGAACUGAUGCAGUCCUAAAAUGUCAAAUUGGUGGUGAUCCAAGGCCUGCAGUUAUCUGGGAGAGGAACAAUGAAAAGAUUAACCCACAAGGACGUUACAGGGUCUUUGAGGAUGGAAAUGUUUACAAUCUUAUAAUUUCAGCUGUGACCACAGAGGAUAGUGGCCAGUACAUAUGCAAAGCAAAGAACAGCAUUGGUGAAACAUAUGCAGCAGCCACACUGAAGGUGGAAGGAGAGGCACAAGAGAUGGAGUUACGAGAGGAAAAUAAGCCGCGAUUCCUCAUCAAGCCCCUGUCCACUCGUGUCGGUCGUGGGGAAGAUGCUGUCUUCUCUUGCAAGCUCUGGGGAAACCCACGGCCAGAGGUUGUCUGGGAAAAGGAUGGCAGGAAACUCAAUGAAAUAUUUGAAAGCACACAUUUCAGUGUGGGCUACCAGGAUGGUGGAUGGUUCCAGCUCAAGAUCUUUAAGACUCGUGCACCAGAUGGUGGUGUAUAUACAUGCAAAGCCAGGAAUGAGUUUGGGGAAGCAUUGGCAGGAGCCGUAUUGCUUGUUGAUGCAGGCCCAGGACACGAGGAAGAAGGAAAUCGUAAUGGCUACACAAAUGGCCACUGGAAAGCCCACCAGGGAAAACAGAGGAGUGGAAGGCAAGUGCCAAACCGGCUCAAAGACGACUCCAUGACCAAGUCCACAAAAGUGAAAAUGUUUGCAGUAACAGAGGGUAAACAUGCCAAAUUCCGCUGCUUUGUGACUGGGAAACCCAAACCAGAAAUAAUUUGGAGGAAAGAUGGCAGGCUGAUACUGUCUGGAAGGCGUUAUUUGUUAUAUGAGGACAGAGAAGGAUACUUCACACUUAAAGUUCUAUACUGUAAGCAGAAGGAUAACGGAGUUUAUGUUUGUGCUGCAUCAAAUACUGCAGGGCAAACCCUCAGUGCCGUACACCUCUCCGUAAAGGAGCCGCCUGUGCGGUUCAAGCAGCCUCUCAUUGAUCUAGAAGUAUGGGAGCGAGAUUUGGCUGUACUCGAGUGUGAAGUUCCAGAGGACUCUGUUCCCAUCACAUGGUAUCUGGAGGAUAGACGACUGCAGCCAGGGGCCAAAUAUGGAAUGGAGGAGUGGGGAACCAAACGACGACUAACUAUCCGUGACAUCGGAGUUGACGAUGAUGGGAUUUACCUCUGUGAGAUGCCCGAUGGGGGGAGAAGCAUAGCCGAAGUAGCUGUGAAAGGUACAAUUUUGCGGAAGCUUCCAAGAAAAGUGGAUGUAUUGGAGGGUGAAAAUGCUGCCUUUUGUGUUGAAGUGGAAAAAGAAGAAAUGGACAUACAUUGGUACAAAGAUAGUAUAGAGUUGCGUGAAACGCAUCAGACCAUUCUCAAGUCCUUUGGUCGUACACAUAUCCUGGUUUUCGUCAAUACGAUGCCCCAGGACUCUGGCCUUGUGACUUUCCUUGUAGGCAGAUCCAAGACUUCCUCUCAGCUAAGAGUGAAAGCGGCCAGACAUUGUCCUCCCAGUUGUCCAGUCAGUGUUCAGAUCAACACGGAGCGGGCUAAUGCAGCUCUUCUUUCAUGGGUUCCUGCUCAGGACUCACGAAAGAACCCUCCAUCUGGAUAUGUGCUUGAGCGACAGGAAGUGGGCACCGGCUCACAAGAGUGGCUACAGUGCCUGACCACAGACUCUGCGACCUCUGUGGAGAUCCUUGGUGACAGUGUGCCAUGUGAAGCUGAUUACCGAUUUCGCAUUUGCAGUGUAAACAAAUAUGGAAAGAGCAACAAUGUCGAGUUCCCUAAGGCUGUUCACUUGGUUCCAGUUGCCAGAAUACAAGCUCCCUUACAGGAUGCCUUGGUGCCAGAGGGGCAAGAUGGCCUCUUCUCUAUUGAGCUCUCUGCUUCAGUUAUCGGUACAUGGUUCUUAAAUGGUACUCAACUUCAGGAAGAUGAACGUUAUUCCAUGCGUCGGUCACGAACACACCAGUCUCUUCGUAUACGAGGAGUACGUGAUAUAGACAAUGGAGCUGAGAUCACGUUCAUUGCCUAUGGCAUCCGGGAUUCUGCAGCACUAUAUAUUCAAGCACCUCUUGUCAAGUUUUCACCACUGUCAGAAAUGGAUCGAAAUAAAUUUGUAGAAAUUGGGAACCCCAUUGUGCUCUACUGUGAGCUGUCAGACCCUGCAGCUUCAGUGCACUGGUACAAGAAUGGGGUGGAAUUAGAGACAAUGGAGGGUCUUCAUAUCCAAUCAGAAGGCACCAUGAGAAGAAUUGUCAUCCAGUCAGCAGAGUUCUCACAUUCAGGAGUAUAUUGCUGUGAUGCCAUUGAUGACGUCAUCAGGUUCAAUGUGGAAGUAGAGGGUGAGUGGACCCCACCUGUGAGGUUUUCAGCAAUUCCAGAUGCUGAGAGGAACAAAACCAUCCAAACAGGCGACCCCAUUGUUUUAGGAUGUGAGCUCUCAGAUCCUUCUGCCCAGGUGUACUGGUACAAAGAUGGGUCAAAGCUCCAUCCACAAACUGGAGUUGAUAUUCUAAGUGAUGGCUUGGCGAGAAAACUGAUUGUUCAUUCAGCAGAAUUUUUCCACUCUGGGUUAUACUGCUGCAAGACAAAGGGUGACACCAUCACUUUCAGUGUGGACAUCAAAGCUCCACCUGUGAAGUUCUCAGCAAUUCCUGAAACAAUGAGGACCAAGUCGAUCGAAGCAGGCUGCCCUAUUGUACUCCAGUGUGUGGUGUCGGAUCCAGAGGCCCACGUUUGCUGGUACAAGGAUGAAAUGCAGCUCAUUUCAAACUCUGGAUUAGAAAUCCACUCAGAGGGCAACACAAGGACAUUAGUUGUUCAGUCUGCAGACCUGUCCCACUCGGGUGUUUACAGAUGUACCACACAGGAUGAUACCAUGGAGUUUCAAGUGGAGAUCAAAGCUAUACCAGUGACGUACUCUACUAUCUUUGACGUUGAGAGAACCAAGUCACUUGAAGCGGGCAAACUUUUGGAGCUGGAAUGUGAGGUUGCAGACUCCACUGUGCCCGUCUACUGGUAUAAAGAUGGCGUAAAGCUCUUCCCGCAGAAUGGUUGGGAUAUACAGAGUAAUGGCACGUUGAGAAGACUCAUUAUCCCAUCUGCUGAGGUCUUGCACUCAGGGCUAUACAGCUGUGAAACCUCUGAUGACACUAUGCACUUCACUGUGGAUAUCAAAGCUCCAACGUUGCCGUUGUCGCCCUCACCAGAGGUUGUGGAGACGCAGUCAUUCGAAGCAACCUGCCCAACUGAACCAACAUGUGAAACCCCAGACCUUGCUUUCCAGGCGUCAUGGCAGAAGGAUAAAGAACACGAUUCUAAUAGAGAGCCUGAUUUUGAAAUUGGAGGCAUCAAGAAGACCCUUGUUAUUGAACCAACUCAUCCUUCAAACUCUGGAGCAUACUAUUGUGCAACAGCAGAUGAUGUUGCCCAAUUAAUUGUAAAAAAUCAAGUGCCACCUCCAACAUAUCCGCUUGGUCCUGAUGUUGAGAAGACCAAGUCUGCUGAAGCACACAGUCCAAUUGUUCAGCAAUUUGAGAUUUCAGAUCCCAUUGCUAAAGCCUGUUGGUACAAAGAUGGAACCCAGAUCUACCCAAAAUGGGAAGGUGACUGUGAAUCCCAGAGCAACAGCCAAGCAUUGCCCCUCCAGUCACAAGACUUGUCUGGUGAUAGGAGUUUGGGCAGUGAAACAUCUGGUGAUGCACAGUUUAAUGUGGACAUGAAAGCAGAGCAGUGUCACUGUGGUGAUGAGUUUGGUGAGAUAGCUGAUGCAUCUGCCCAGUACACUGUGGAUGUCAAAGCUACAUCGCCAUGGCUCUCUUCUGACCAAGAGAAGUCAUCCACUGAAGAUGUUUAUCCUGUUGAAGUUGACUGCAUGUCCUCAAAAUGCAAUUCUGGCAUCGUCUGUGACAAGAGAGGAGAUACACAGAUGUAUGAAGAACAUUCCUCAAAUACACCCAAUGCUCAGUCAACAUAUGAAUACAGGACUGACUGGAUUACAACUAAACAGCCAAAGGAGCUCUCUGACCAUCAACGAGCAAUAAAUGCUCAAUCUCCAGUUUGCUGUAACUCUGUAAAGCCAACAAUAAUGCAGUAUGACAUACAACAUCACCCUAACCAGCCCACAGAGUCACAAGGUGAGGAAUUUAUUUACUAUAUACAGCAUGCAGAAGACCCAUCUGCAGAGCUUGAUAGUCCUCUGCAGACAGCUGUCCAGAGAGAUGAAUUUUGUAAUUUUCUCCAAACUGCAACUGAAUCAGAGGAAUCUACUCCCAAUACUCCAAUUGUCCAAUCAGAAGAUCUAUAUAGCUCAAUACAGAUGCCGACUGUCCAGGCAGAACUAGGUAACUCCCUACAGACUUCGACUGUCCAGGCAGAGCACCUUACUAACCACUUACAGAUUUCAACAGUCAGCUCAGACAGGUUCUGUAGCUCCUUAAAAACUGCAACUCUGCAGUCAGAGGAGCCCUUUAAUUCCUCACAUACUGAAACUGUACAACCAAAGGAGCCCUUUACAUCCUUAUAUACUGCAACUGUCAUAUCAGAUGAGCCUUUUAAUUCCCUAAAGACUGGAAUUGUACAAUCUGAGGCGCCUUCUAACUCCAUACAGAUGCCAACUGUCCUGUCAAAGAAGCCUCUUGAUUGCUUACAAACUGAAACUGUCCAUUCAGAGGAGCCCUAUGACUCCUUAUGGAUUUUAACUGACCAACCAGAAGAGUUGAACAACUCUCUACAGGCAUCAACUGUCCAGUCAGGAAAGCUCAGUGACUUAAACACUGCAUCCCUUCAAUCACUGGACUUGUAUAACUCUAAAGAGGCGGAAACUGUCCAACCAGGGGAUCAUUACACCCUGAAACACUCUGCACUGGAUGAUCACACAGGACAAGCAGUGCCUAACCAUUCAGAGGUGCUGUGUCUGUCCAUGCAGACCACAACGGUCCAAGCAAACUGCCAUCACACCAUGAAGGCCACAGAAGACCAUGUACACAGCACAGUUAACUCUGGGAAAAGAUCAUCUAUGCAGUUUGCAGAGCCUUAUUAUGUCAAGCAGGCAUCAACUGUCCAAUCAGAAGAGAUCUAUCUAUCAAGGACAUGUGACAGUCACUGGAGUGACAGUGUCACUGCAAAUAAGGUGGCUGUUGAAGCUCCGCCUGUGAGAAUUACAACACUUUGUGAGGCUGAGAGGAACAAGUCUGUUGAAGUUGGUGAACCCAUAGUGCUGCGAUGUGAGAUAUCAGAUCCUAACGCUCAAGUUACUUGGUACAAGGAUGGAAUAAAACUACUUGAAGCAGCUGGGCAAGACAUGCUGGCAGAGGGUUCCAUAAGAACACUGGCUUUCCAGUCAGCGAUGCUGUCUCAUGCAGGAAUUUACAGCUGCAAGACAACAGAUGAUGCAAUGCAGUUUCAUGUGGAUGUUAAAGCUCCACUUGUGAAGUUUUCAGCUUUAUCUGAGGCUGACCAGAAAAAGACGGUCAUGGCAGGAUGUCCCAUUGCUCUACAAUGUGAGCUGUCAAACUCCACUGGACAAGUCAGUUGGUACAAGGAUGGAACAAAGGUCCUACCUCAAAAAGGAGUAGACCUCCAGUCAGAAGGAAAUUUACGGAGUCUAGUUGUCUCAUCAGCAGAGCGGGCUCACACUGGCGUAUACCGUUGUGAGUCCAAGGAUGAUGACAUCCAGUUCGCUGUGGAAGUAAAAGCACUACCUGUGAAGUUCUCAGAGCUUCAAGAGACUGACAGGAACAAGUCCGUCCAAGAAGGCUCUGCCAUUGUCCUCAGAUGUGAGCUAUCUCAUGAUCCUUCUGCCCAUGUCGACUGGUACAAGGACGGGGUGAAACUCCUACCACAAAACAAUAUGGACAUACAGUCAGAUGGACUGACAAGGACACUACUCAUCCAUUCAGCUGAAAACAUACAAGGUGGCACCUAUGAAUGUUCAACAUCAGACGACACCAUCACAUUUAAAGUGGACGUAAAAGGCCGAUCGCCACAGAUCAUGCCAAUCCCACUGACAGAAAAAUACAAGAUGAUUGCAAUUGGUUGUCCAAUUAUCCUCCAGUGUGAGGUUUCAGACCCUGUUGCUCAGGUUUCCUGGUUUAAAGACGAGGUGGAGCUUUUUUGCAAAACUGGCCUCGAUAUGAAAAGAGACGGCAGCCUGAGAAAAUUAAUGAUUCAUUCUGCCAAGGUCUCUGACUCUGGCCUCUACAGCUGUAGCCUCACUGAUGAUGUUGUGACAUUUCAUGUGGACAUUGAAGCUACCCCUGUGAGGUUUUCAGCACUGCCAGAAGUCGCAAGACACAAAUUUUUUGAAGCAGGUUGCCCAAUUAAGCUGCAGUGUGAAGUCUCAGAGCCCAGUGCCCAAGUCUAUUGGCACAAGGAUGGAGAACAGUUACUUCCAAAGAGUGAAUAUGAAAUCCAAUCAAAAGAACAACUGAGAGCGCUGGUUAUUAAAUCAGCAGAAGUCAGACACUCUGGGGUGUACAGCUGUGAGGCUGCAGAUGACCAUAUAGAAUUCAAGGUGGAUGUUGCAGCUGUUCCAGAGGCUGAAUGGAGCAAGUCUGUUGAAGCAGGCAGCCCGAUCAAACUGCAGUGUGAGAUCUCAGACCCCACAAGCCAGACCUGCUGGUAUGAGGAUGGGAUAAAACUCUUGCCAAAAUCGGAAAUAAACGUUGAUUCAGAGGACAAUAAGGGGACACUGGUUAUGAAGUCGGCCACAUCUUCAUACUCUGGAGUAUACAGUUGUAAAACUGAUGAUGAUUCAGAUUUCACCGAUUUCUAUGUGGAGGUGAAAGCACCACCGGUAACAUUUGCUGAUAUCCCAGAGGAGGACCUUUUCAAGAGUGUUGUGGAACAAGAAGAGCUCGUUCUGUCAUGUGAAGUAUCAAGGGCUGAUGGUGUUGUGCAGUGGUAUAAAGAUGGAGCUGAAAUGCAACAAAGUAAUAAUAUUACAAUGCAAGCAGAGGACACCAAAAGGAAUCUGACAAUACAUUCAGCCCAACUGUCCGACACAGGCACAUACACAUGCCGUGCAGGAGACAAUGUUUUAAUGUUCAAGGUUAAGAUACGAGAACCUCCAGUGAUGAUAAUUUACCCCAAGGAGGAUGUCCAUCUUGAACGUCACGUCCCUGAAGAAAUUAUUCUGAGCUGUGAAUUGUCUCGUCCAAAUGGUUUUGUCAGCUGGUACAAAGACGGCCAAAAGCUGCAAGACAGCGAGAACAUCAAGCUCAAAAUUGAAGGCCCUUACCGACGACUGAAGAUUAUUUCUAGUGGAGUCGAAGAUUCUGGAGAAUACGUCUGUGAUACAGCUGAUGAUUCAAUAUUCUUUCACCUCAUUAUUACAGAACCUCCAGUGCGUAUUGUGUCCCCAAGUCAGUCCCAAAUGGAACUGUGCCAGCAGACUUCUGAGAGGAUGGUACUAAGCUGUGAGAUCUCACGGCCUAAUGCAGUGGUGCGCUGGUAUCGAGAUGGACUUGAAGUGGAGGAGAAUGAAAAUCUUAUUCUAGAGGUGGAUGGUGUCUACAGAAGACUUAUUAUACCUGAAACUACUGUCAAAGAUUCUGCCGAAUACGUCUGUGAUACUGCAGACGACUCCAUGACGUUCUUUGUAAACAUAGCAGAGCCUCCUGUUCGCUUCGUACGUCCAAGGAAGAUGGCAAGCAGAGUUGAGAAAGUGGCUGGGGAGACUCUGGUUUUAGACUGUGAGGUUUCAAGAUCAAAUGCAGAGGUCACCUGGAAGAAGAAUGGGGAAGAAGUAGAAGACUCCAGAAAUAUUACCAUCCUGGAGGAUGGUGUCAUACGUCAAUUAACUGUUCACUCACUAACACUGGAAGAUUCUGGGCAAUAUGUCUGCGAUGCAAAGGAUGAUGUGAUGGAUUUCCAAGUAAAAGUACAAGAAAUGCCUGUAAAAAUUCUUGGAAAAACCGAUGCAAAAACAGAAAAGCAGUUCUUAGUAUCGGAUGACAUUAUUCUAGUGUGUGAACUAUCCAGAUCCAAUGCCUCAGUCAGUUGGUACAAAGAUAAUGAGCUAAUUGCUGACACUGAGCGAUACUGCAGUGAGGAGCAAGGUGUUUUCCGAUCACUAGUUGUCCUAAAUGCGGGGCUCGAAGAUUCAGGAGAGUACACCUGUGAUGCAGUGGAUGAUAAGAUGAUCUUCUAUAUCACCGUCAAAGAGCCUCCAGUACAGAUCAUUGGAAACUCAGGCCACCCAGAGCAUCAUAUCCUGGUAGCGGGAGAUGACCUUAUUUUAGAGUGUGAAGUGUCUCGGCCAAACGCCACAGUUCAGUGGUUAUGGAAUGGCAAAAUACUGAAACCAGACACUCGUAUACAAAUUGACAGCCAUGACGUUGUGAGGAAGCUUGUUCUCUCUGGACUUCAGCCUUCAGACUCUGGAAAAUACAUUUGUGAUGCCAUUGAUGACAAAUUGAUAACAAUUGUUGAAGUUCAAGAGCCACCAGUCAAGUUUGUGAAUAAGGAAGCAAGUAAAAACGUCACAGCCUAUGAAAAUGAGAGUGUUACACUGUGUGCCACUGUGAGCCGAGAAAGAGCUAAUGUUCGGUGGCUGAAGGAUGGCCAACUAUUGAACGGGGACAACAUUCACAUCUCCAGUGAGGGUAAUACCCACAAGCUCACCAUUAAUCCCCUGCAGCUGUCAGAUUCUGGAGAAUAUGUCUGUGACGUAAACACAGAUGAGAUGUAUUUCAGUCUUUUAGUCAAAGAAAUGAUGGUGAAAUUUAUAAGACCAUUGGAGAACAUUGUGUCUCCGAAGGGCAGCAGCCUUAUAUUACGAUGUGAGAUCAACAAGCCCAAAGGAGAUGUCCAGUGGCUAAAGGAUGGCCAAGAGAUCUCUCCAAGCCGUAGGCACACAAUACGAGCACAAGGUCGAGAACGAAGCUUUACCAUCCACCAACUAGUGGAAGAAGAUGCUGGAGAGUAUGCCUGUGAAUCCACAGAUGACAGGACGUCAGCUACUGUCACCGUAGAAAUUCCCCGUGUUGUUGAGUUCAUAGCGGAGCUUCGUAACAUCACAGUCUGUGAGGGAGAAGAUGCAGUAUUUAAGUGUGUCGUUUCACCAGAGGACACUCAGUUGGUGUGGCGCUUAAAUGGCAAGCAAGUAGCUCUGAAUGAGCACACUGUCAUUUCAAGCAACGGACUAUGCCACAUGCUCUGCAUCCACAACUGCAUGGUUUCAGAUAGCAGCAGAGUGACAGCUGAUGCAGAGGGGUUGGUAUCAGAGGCUGAACUCCAGGUUCAAGAGCAACAGGUGGUGUUCACCAAGAAAAUGACACCCGUUGUAGCUGAAGAGUACAGUGAGGCAACUCUAGAGGUGGAAGUGAGUCUGGAUUCAGGAGAGGUGCAGUGGAUGAGACAAGGGGUGCUGAUCCACCCUGGAGCCAAGUAUACCCUGAAACACAAGGGCCGAAAACACAGUCUCACCAUCCACAAACUGGCCAUGUCUGACCGAGGCACCUACAGCUGUGAAACCCUCCAUGACCGCACGCAAGCCCAGCUCACAGUGGAACCUCGAAAAAUCACAAUCAAGAGAGGGCUGACUGACAUUAAAACCACAGAGAGAGAAACUGCGUCUUUUGAGGUAGAGCUCUCCCAUCCCCAUGUCACAGGCACCUGGAUGAGAAACGGAAUCCAGCUUAAGCCGACAAAUCACUUCCGUAUGAGUGCCAAAGGACACAUCCACAGCCUCACCAUCUCUAACCUAUCAGUAGAGGACACUGGCACCUUCAUGUUCUGUGUAGAGAACUUAAAGACAUCUGCAAGGCUCACUGUGAAGGAGCCCCCAGUGACCAUUUUCAGAAAACUGGAAGACCAGAAAUUCCCUGAUGGGGCAGUAAUAUCUAUUGAGUGUGAGCUGUCCAGACAUAACGUUGAUGUGAAAUGGAUGAAGAAUGGGGUUGAGGUGAAGCCAAGCAAGGACUUGCGCAUUUAUGCAAUGGGAAGGAAACGGUUUCUUCAGAUCAUGAAAUGUCAUGUGACUGACUCUGGGACGUACACCUGCGAUGCUGGAGAUGCUACUACAUCCUGCACUGUGGAGGUCUACGGUAAAGUCUGCUGUCCACUACUAUUUGUAACUUUAUUCAACAGAUCUGCAUGAAAAAUGGAAAUUAUAUAAACAGUAUAUGGAUGGGAAUCAAUUAAUUAAUCGAUUGAUUGAUAUUAGAUAUCAAUUAGUCACACACUUUCUCCUAUUACAGAUAAACAGCACACUAAAAUAUGUUUCUGAAAAGAGUUUAGGUCAGAAUUAGACAAGACCGUUGAUUCAUAUUUGAUCAGCAAUUUCUAGUUUAACCUGAGUUUCGUGCAGUGUGAUGGGCAGAAUCACACUGAAUCAUCUAUUUUACUCUAAAUGGGACCGUCAUUUACAAACUGA